AUGUUCGAGCGCCGGUCCGAGGCAGAGGAAGCGGCGCUGCUGCGAAAGGCCAAAGGCGCGGUCAAGCACAUGCUCGUGGGCGCCAGUAUGGCUGGUGCCACGGGAGCGACCGUGGGCGCUGUGCUCGCGGCGCUGCGGCACGAGAGCAUGCGGUUCUACGCAGCGUCGAUGGGCUCGAAUUUCUUCGUGCUCUCUUCGACGUACAUUGCGUUGGAAGAAGUGAUUGCUGACAAACGAGGCGACAAGAAGGACUGGAUCACGGGAGCUGCUGCUGGUUUGGUCACGGGCGGGUUCUACGCUGGUGUCGUCGGUGGUCGAGUGCGUGGGGUGCAGGGAGCGGCUGCCGGCGCGGCAGUGGGAGCGGCUGUGGUGUUUGGCCGCGAGAAGUUUCACGACUGGCGCUUGAGCAAGGGCGUGCAGCGGUACGAAGCCAAGUACGGCGCAGCUCCUGCUGUGUACCAUCCGACGACUGCAGUGCUUGUGGCGAGUCAGGGGCCUCCCCGAGCGCUGGCGUUCCCGUCUUUGCUGCCCUCGAGCAUCAAGAUCACCGACGACGAGAUUGAGCGCCGUGUCGUCGCCCGCGUGGAGGAGCUACAGCGAGCGAUGCAAGCAGGAAGCGAAGACGAGGACGACGGAACGAGAGCAGCCGACUUGGAAGAGACCGAGACGACAGAGGGUGGUCAGGACAGCAGCAGGCUGCAACAGUCAUAA